AGAGAGGGAGAGAGGAGAGAGUAUGGUGUUGAAACUAAGAAUUCAAUAACAGCAGCACGAUCGACUUAACUGUACGACUAAACGAUAUUUAUCAGUUUGUUAUAGUUCAUAAACGCGUCAACAUGUUAAGAUCUAUCAAGAAUGAGAAUGAUCAGAAAUUGUUUAUCGAUAUUGAUGACGAUCAAGCAACGGAAAUAAAUUCAAAUGAUAGUGAAAAAUAUUCUACCAAGGAAAAUGCCACGACGAGUGAGAUCAAGUCUGAAAGUCGAGUUCUUGUUUUGUAUACCGGUGGUACUAUAGGAAUGAUUAGAAAUGAAAGCGGAGUUCUGGUACCAAAAGCCAAUUCUUUUGUUAAUAAUUUACGACAAUUUUCUCAAAUGCAUGAUCGUGAUUAUGCCAAGCAAAUAUAUGGCAAAAUGGCUGACGAAAGUCCUUUGAUCUUACCGGUUAAAACAACGGAUAAUUGUCGUGUUAUUUAUGAGGUAUUAGAAUAUUCACCGCUUUGCGAUUCCAGUGAUAUGACUAUGGACGAUUGGAUUCUUAUUGCCAAUGAUAUCAAAAAAUACUAUAACGAUUUCGACGGAUUCGUAAUAUUACACGGAACAGAUACAUUGAGUUACACAGCAUCUGCCUUGUCAUUUAUGUUGCAAGAUCUCGAUAAGAUUGUUAUCUUGACUGGUUCUCAAGUUCCUAUAUUUGAUACGAGGAACGAUGGAGUAGAUAAUUUUCUUACAUCUUUGGUAAUAGCUGCAAAUUAUAAUAUACCGGAAGUAUGCGUAUUCUUUGGAACUAAUCUUAUGCGAGGAAAUCGUACCAGUAAAGUCUCAGCCACGUCCUUCGAUGCAUUUCACUCACCAAAUUUUCCGCCUUUGGCUACGGUCGGAAUAAAUAUAGAAGUCGACUAUCGUUUAACGAAAUAUCCUCAAGGUCCAGGAAAUUUUACGGUACAUUUGAAAUUGAAUCGAAACGUCGGUCUUUUACGACUUUUCCCUGGUAUUACUGCUGAUCUAGUCAAAGCAUUUCUUCAACCACCAACUGAAGGUGUUGUAUUGCAAACAUAUGGUUCUGGUAAUAUACCAAGCAAUCGGGAGGAUAUAUUGGUUGAAUUUCGUGAAGCUACACGACGUGGUAUUAUUAUCAUCAAUAUAACUCAAUGUACAACUGGUCGUGUAUCGGGUACAUACGAAGCAGGAAAAUUAUUAGAGGAAGCUGGUGUAAUAUCUGGUUAUGACAUGACGCCGGAAGCUGCUCUAACAAAAUUAGCUUACGUAUUAUCUAACAGUGAUUGGAAUGUAAAAAGAAAACGAAGAAUAAUGCAAAGCAAUUUGCGCGGUGAAUUAACAUCAAGUCAAUUACCAUUCAUGUUCGAAUCAGAUCUAGUUAAUGCCGUAGCGAGAUCAUUAAAAUUAUCCUCAAGAGCUGAAUUUCAAGAAUUGACCUCCAUACUUUUUCCUUCUAUGCUCAAUGCGGCAGUAGUUAAAUGCGAUAUAGACAAGUUAAAAUCAUUGAAGGAAUAUGGUGCUAACGUAUCACAAACAAACGUAGAUGGUCGAACUGCCCUGCACAUUGCUUGCUGUCAAGGAAAUUUAAAUAUUGUACAAGAACUAUUGAAAAUGGGCGCAAACGUUAAUAAAAAAGAUCGUUUUCAACGAACGCCACUCAUCGAAGCUAUUGAAAAUGAUCAUCGUGAGAUUAUCAACAUUUUAUUAGAACACGGUUCUAAACUCGAUAAAGAUAUUAUAGGAAAUAAAAUUUGUGACGUAGUUGGAUCUGGAAAUGCUAAACGUCUUCAAUCAUUUUUAAUCGCCGACCCUGACAUAUCCGAAAGAAAGGAUAUGUCUGGUAGAACGCCUUUGCAUUUAGCUGCGCUACAUAAUGACGUAACUAUUAUUAAAUUACUUUUAAAUCACGGAGCAAAUCCAAAAUCUAUUGACAUGAUCGGACACACACCGUUCGAUCUAGCAAAAUUAGUUGGUGCGGUCGAUGCAAUGGAAUCUCUUACACUUAACGACGACGUUAAUGAAUAAAAUUAAAUAAAUUAAUUUAUAUAAGAAUCACUUUAAACUUUCAACAUGAAGGUAUUAAAUAUUAUUGAUUAAUCAUUGUCACUUUUAACGCUAUAGUUGAUUUAUAAAAAAAUCAGAUUACCAUUGGUUACAUAUAUAUAUAUAUAUUCUUUUUUAUGAUUUUCUAUCACACAGUAAAAAUAUCACAGCGUAUGAUUUUUCGAUUUUAUCUUAAAAAAUAAAGCUAUAAAAAAAAAAGAAAAAGGAAAAAAAAAUUAUGAAUACAUUGAAAUUGAAAAAGUUAGUAAUGAAAAAAAUGUUUUGUUUUUUUCUCUUUUGGUGGCAAAAUAAAACAACAUCAAUUAUUAUAUUUUAUUCGUUUAAUUCCAUCGACAAUAUCACAAUAUCAAUAAUACAGACACAUUCUUUUGGAUGUAUGCGUUAUCUGUGACAAUCCAAUCCCCUGCCUCCUCCGGCAAAUUUUUUUUAUUUAUUUGUCUUACUUUGAUGCUAGUAUUUUUUUUUCUCUUUUUUUCUUCCUUUUUUUUUAAACAACACUAUAUUCUUAUUAUUUCUAUACUUCUAUCGAAAUAUAUAUUGUAUAUAUGCGAGUUCGUUCAUACGUUCAUAUCUGCAUAUCGCAUUAUAUGUAUAUUUUCAUAUGUAUUGAAGUGAUAGCCGGCUCUCUUUUUAUUUCGAGGAUGUUUGAAAUACAAUAUAAUGUAUCUGUGUAUAUAUAUAUAUAUAUAUAUAUAUACAUCGAUAAUUUAUUUAUUCAAUUUUUUUUCCUUCGAUAGAAUAUAUUUUCUUUGCAACAUAUAUUAGAUUAAUUUCACAAAAUACAUAAUCUCAUUGCAAUUAGUUUUUAUCGAAUGUUUUCAACGUGAAUAAAAAAAAAAAAAAAUUGUAUUUUUAUUUUAAAAAUUCUACGCUGUUAUAUUCUCAACUUUGGAAAAUAAAUGAGAUAAAAAAUAAACUUCUCUACUUUUUUUUCGCAUCUAACAACCUCGCGCAAGUAUUAAUCGAUAUAUUCCGUCAUCUCGUGAACAAAGAAUUUCAAUUAUAUAUAUAUAUAUAUUUUUUCUUUUUUAUUAUUAAAACAUUAAUCGUGGGUGGAACGUAUACCUGAGAACAAAAUAUAGGUAACACAAUACGACUAGUUGUUAGUUUCGUAACUAUACCGAUUUUUUUAAAUUAUACAGAUUCAUAAAAUCAAAGUAUAUAUAACGCACGAAUAUAUAAUAAUCAUAUAAUUCUUUCUGCAAAUAUGUAUCCAUUAAAUUUACGUAACUGAGUUGUUGUUCACAGAAAUGUUCUUCUAUAAUAAUAGGGCCAAAAGUUCCCAAGUGAUUUUUAAUAAAUCAAUCACUUCCUCUAUUUUUUUUUUUUCUUUUUUAGAUACUUCUCGGCCUAAUUUUAUUUUUAGAUUUUACAAACAAGAUCUUACAAGGUUUUGUAGUUUUAUAAUUCGAAAAGAAGAAAAAGAAAAUCAGACCAGAAAAUAACUACCAAAUGAUAAUUGAUUUUUAAAAUCAGAAAACUUAGAAACUUUUGUCACACCCUGUAUACCAUUAUAUUGAAUACUCUAAUAUCAUUACAUAUAUCUUAUAUUCGUUAACAUUUCAAUUUCAUCCCCUGUAAUAUAAUUUUGUCAAAACAAUAACAAAUAAAAAUAUUAGGCAGCACAGAAUAUAAUAUUGUCUUAAUAUUUAAUAAGAACUUCAUAUGUGUGUCUGUUUCUAUGUAUAUUUACAUCUUAUAUUAUCUUAAUAAUAAUGACUGCAAAACUACCAAUCUCAAAUCUCUACAAUUUAUUAUAUAUAUGUGUUUAUAUAUAUAUAUAUAUAUAUAUAACAUAUAUAUAUAUAUAUAUAUAUGUCAAUGUUCUUUCAUCAUUACUAUACAAAUAAAGAUGUAGAUAAAAAAAAAGAAAGAAGAAAAAAAGAAAAGAAAAAACAGAAAAGAAAAAAGAAUAUAUUGAUAUUUUAUUUAGAAAUCUUUAUAAUUUUUAUUUAAACAUAUUUUUAGAUAUCUAGUACACAAAAUGUGGUAUAUGUAUAUAUAUAUGUAUAAAUAUAUGUAUAUAUAUGUAUGUAUAUAUAUAUGUAUGUAUAUAUAUGUAUAAAUAUAUGUAUAUAUAUAUAUAUGUAUAUACAUAUACCAAAUAGAUUAUUUUAUUAUCUGUUACAAUUGAUACUUUGUAUUUUUAAAUAAAUUGUUAUCUGAAAUAAACAAAUAAUAAUAUGUAUAUCACGAGCUCUUAUCAUUGAUUCAUAAUAACUUAAUCAAUGUAUGGUCUUACCAUUGCAAUUUAAGAUUUUCUAAUCGUGCAAUAUAAUAUUGAUUGAUACUUGGUCGAAGUUCAAUCAAUUAAUAAGAGCCAAAAUAUCAAGAUAACAAUGAUAAACAUAAUGAACGAAUUUAAAGAAAAAAUAA